AUGGCGUCGAGGUUUCUUGCUGUGGCCUGUGCGGCCUGCAUCGGAUACGUCCAUUCCAUCCGGUCGACCUCGACCUCCACCUACAACCUCAAGGCGUCGGCGGCCAUGUACAUCAAAAGCAUGGAGGAGACGGCACUGACGAAGAUAGACAAGUACAGCGAAGUGCCUGGAAUGGAUUAUCAUUCCAUCUCGACCUUCUUGAUGAUAUUCGAGCGAGAGGUGCUCCAACGGGAGCUGAACGACUAUGGCUACAGUCGCACGGUGACGGCCACGCAGGCAACUGUGGUCCUGGGAGACUUGCAUGGACAGCUGUUCAACUUGCUCGCAUUCCUCCGUGACCUCCAUACAAGGGUGAACGUGAAAGACCUUCACCUUCUUCCCGAAUCCAAGCUUUUCAUUUGCGACCCAAAGAUACAGUAUGUCUUCAUGGGCGAUUACGUGGAUCGCGGCGAGCGAAGUAUAGAGAUCGUGAUGCUCCUUUUCGCCUACAAAGCAUUGUGCCCUUCCGGCAUAAUCCUGCUCCAAGGCAACCACGAGCAACGGCGCACAAAUGAACGUUAUGGCUUCAGCAAGGAAGUUGAGUACAAGUUCCGCUUGACAAAUCCGCACUCUCAGCGGUCUGACCUCUGGAUUGGAUUCAACUUUGUAUUUUCCAAGCUGCCCUUCGUUGCGGUCUCCAAGGGGAGCUUCAUGGCCACUCACGGGGGCAUCUCCCCAAGUUUUGUCAGGGCAUGCUCGUACCAAGGGGGGAACUUCCAUCAAUGCUUGAGCCAGGGUGUUGGCACGGAGAUGGUAUGGUCAGACCCCCACGAGGGAGACGGCUGGGCGACAUCUCCUCGCGGCAAAACCAAAUACAGGUUUGGAAGGGAUCUCGCCCUCCAAUUCUUGCGGUCGAACGGGUUGAAGAGGCUACUUCGAGGUCAUGAGCAAAUGGCAAACGGGAUUAGCACCAUGUGGCUCGACACAAAGGGCGAAUACGCUGUCCAAACCGUCUUCUCAGCGGCCGACUACGUUGGGACGUUUUGUGUCCACAAGAGAACCAACCGCCCUUUGCGAAUUCCGGCAUGGGAUCCACAGAUGUUCAAUGCAGGUGGUCAUAGAAAUCUUGGGGGCAUGAUGGUGAUUGACAAUUCCUUCGUCAGCACCCGCUUUGACUUCCACGAGUUUCGCCUCAGUGGAAAGGAAGCUCGGAAGCUGGCGAAGGAGUUUACGGGGGCACACUGUCAUGCGAAGCCCGCGGAUCUUGAGUUCUUGGGGUUUAGGUUUGGGGUCUAG